CUCUACUUUCCCACGCUUCUGUGUGUCGGUCUCGCUAGCUCUUUCUAUAAGAAUAAAUUUGGCGUCUUCUCUCCUCUCUCUCUGUUUCUCUUCAUUCUCCCACAGCCACGUGUAACCUUAAGGCUCGAGCAAUAACCUUUGUGUUUUUAUUUUUUAUUUUUAGUUUUGCGAGCUUGUCAUUUCUUUUGUACGUGAAGACUAUCAUCAUCAUCAUCAUCAUCAUCAUCUGCGUUUUCAGUUUCAGUUUCAGAGAAUGGCUGGUGUAAAUGAAAUGAUUGAGGGUUCGGAGCUGAUAACUGAAACAAUUGAGAAGCUCCCAGCAACUGUUUCAAGGGAAGGAAAAGGGAAGAGAUUAUGUAACAAAGUUCAGUAUCAGCUUGUAGAGUACCAUUCUUUGCCUGGAUAUUUAAGGGACAAUGAGUUCAUUGUGGGCCAUUACCGUCCUGAAUGGCCAUUGAAGCAGGUUCUGCUCAGUGUCUUCACUAUCCAUAAUGAGACAUUGAAUGUUUGGACGCAUUUGAUUGGGUUCUUCCUUUUCCUUUCCCUGACCAUAUACACUGCAAUGAAGGUUCCAAAGGUUGUUGAUCUUCAUUCUCUCCAUCUUCCAGAGGUGUUAAAAGCUGAUUUGCACAGAUUGCAAGAGUGCCUCCCCUCUUUACCCACCAUGCCUGAUCUUCACAAACUUAGGGAGGAGUUGAAGAGUACAUUUCCUUCAAUUGAUAUGCUUCCAUCACUCUCAGGAUGGCAUGUUAUGGACCUCCUAUACAAUUGUUUGCCUGAGCGGUUCUCACAUGGUAACCAGACUGAUGUUUAUGUUCUGCGUACCGUGAAGGAGGAUGUUGCAAACAUAAUAGCACCCCUAAUGAUGAUGAGGCCAAUCACACGAUGGCCAUUCUAUGCUUUCUUGGGCGGGGCCAUGUUUUGCUUGCUAGCUAGCAGCACGUGCCACCUUCUCUCGUGCCACUCCAAGCGUUCAUCAUACAUCCUGCUUAGGCUUGACUAUGCCGGAAUUGCAGCCCUUAUUUCUACCUCCUUUUGCCCUCCGGUGUACUACUCCUUCAUGUGCAAUCCUUUUUUCUGUAACCUUUAUAUGGGGUUCAUAACUGUCUUGGGAGUUUCCACAAUAUUGGUUUCGCUCCUGCCAGUGUUUCAAAACCCUGAAUUUCGUACCGUUCGUGCGUCCCUCUUCCUCGGCAUGGGUUUGUCCGGGAUAGCACCUAUUCUGCACAAGCUUAUCUUGUUCUGGCAUCAACCUGAAGCCCUUCACACAACUGGCUAUGAGGUUUUGAUGGGGAUUUUCUAUGGACUCGGAGCACUGGUUUAUGCCACCAGGAUUCCGGAGAGAUGGAUGCCUGGGAAAUUCGACAUUGCAGGGCACAGCCACCAGCUUUUCCAUGUAUUGGUGGUGGCUGGAGCUUAUACUCAUUACCAUGCAGGGCUGGUUUACCUCAAGUGGCGAGACCUGGAAGGAUGCUGAGGAAAGUAAAUCCUGAAUGCUAAAAGUAGUUGAUGAUAUCGUAGAUUAAUGUCAUUGUGUAUCAAUAAAACAAGUUUUAAGUUGAUGCAGUGGAAAAGCGAAAUGCUUCUCAGCUGUUGUUUGAGAUUUUUUAUUCCUAAUCUUUAUAUUAAUUUUGUGUGUCCGUUAAAAUUAA